AUUAGAUUCGAGUUACAGAAUCGACUCCCUGAACGUCUCGAUCGACACUUAAAUUCAGAUUUACUGGGUUUGGACCCUAUAAAUCCCGGAUUUCGAGUACAUUGGAGACGUAGUCAUUGGCUUGAUUCAUUUUUGAAUUUCAUUGGAUUUGAUUACGGUCGAAUUUGAGUGAUUUUGAAGAAUUGUUGAAUUUUAUAAAAUCUAACCUAUCUCUAACAUCUGGAGAUUAAAGAAAAUCGCAGAAAAAUUAGAAGCGAUUAUUAAUGAAUGUUAAUUUUCACAUUCAAUCAUGGUUAUGUCAGCCCUGGGGUCGAGUGAGCGGAAACGUAUUUCAUCAUUAACAACUCGAGGGAAACAUGAGUAAAUGUACUUGAAAAUUGAAGUACUCGAUGAUGUACUUGGUGCCGAAUGUGAAAAAAUAAUUUAAUCAUAUUUUAUUAAUUUGGAGUAAAUACCUGAUCAUGGAGAUAAUGGAAGAUGAUCUAGCCUUAAGUGAAAACGACGAAGACGCAACAAUUAAUACAGACGAGAGCUAUGGAGACGAAUUGAAUCAGUUUCCUCAUGUGGUGCAGUUUAUAUGUAAAUUGCAGGGACAUAUAAAAUGGCAGCAUGAGAAAAUUAUUAAGUUACGGACUAAAUUAUUAAGAGAGAGGAGAAAAAAAGUACAAGAAUCAAAGAAACUAUACGUUGAUAUUGAAGUGCAAACCGAACCUGAGCCAAAGGAAGUAAAACCAAAAGUUUUACAUAACUGGAGCACAAAUGAUUCCGACACUCCCGGAAGUCUCGUCGAGCAAGUAAAGCAGGUAGCGGAAUCAGCUGUGCAACAAACCGGCUUCGCAUACGAAGAGACCUCUGGAUUAUAUUACGAUUAUAAUACUGGAUAUUAUUAUGACGCGGCACAAAGUCUUUAUUACGAUGGAAAUUCUGGAACCUACUAUUCUUACGAUGGAACGACUAAAACGUACAUCUUUCACAGCCAAGUGCAGACUGCACCUCAAGAAGACGCAGAGAAGAAACAGAAAAAAAAUAAAAGAAAGGAAGAAAGGCGAUCCAAAAGGGCACAGAAGGUUUCAGACGACAUAAAUGCGUUAAUUGCCGGUGUCUCAAAGAUAUCGAUACAAAGAUACUGGCCGCAAGCAGCAGGGGAAAACUCCGAAGGCGAUGAGCCAGAAGAGGGCGAGUGCUCGGACAGUGAUAACAACUCUAGUGCCCAGGAAAUUUCUCCUGGCCCGUCUUCAAGCACCGAGAGCGAAAACGAUGAAGAACAAGACUUAGCGAAGACCUAUCCUCCCUGUAUGCGGAUAAUCGUGAAAGAGACCAGCCUUCCAAAAUUAAAGGUGGGGUCCCUGUUCCUCGUCGCAUACACCGGCGGUUCAAUGGGCAGAGAAGGUGAUCACUCCGUUCUUAUCCCGGACAUAAAUAUCAGCAAGCAUCACGCCCAGUUUCGCUACGACGAGGACAAGAAACGGUACGAGAUCAUUGAUUUGGGUUCACGAAAUGGAACCUACCUCAACGGAACUAGACUUUCCGUGUCGAAACAAGAGUCGGAGCCUCGCGAAAUAACGCAUGGCUCCAUAGUGCAAAUCGGUAGUACAAAAUUGUUGUGUCACAUCCAUGUCGGACACGAAACCUGCGGAUAUUGCGAGCCCGGUCUCCUGCAAAACUGUAGAAAUACGGGAGAAAACGUCAUUUCAAGCAAGAAGGAGCAACACAGGUCGGAGCUGAAGCGGUUGAAAAAUAAAUUUGGGGUCGACAAAGACAAUACCGCCACUGCCAGCCAACCUGCCGUGGGUUAUCAGGACAGAGCGCAGGCAAGGCGUGAUUGCGUGGGAUCCUCUAACCAUCACGCUAAAACUCAACAGAGCUCCGUCGACGUCUCGAUAGCGAAAGACAACAAGGGCUUCAAGUUGCUGUCGAAGAUGGGCUGGUCGGAAGGACAGUCCCUCGGGAAAGACGGAAGCGGUAGGACGGAACCCGUUCAAGUGGUGAGCAACCGCACCAAGACUGGUUUGGGUGCAUCGGACGCGGAGAUUUCCACGAUCGAGAUUUCCCCGGGAACGGAGAAGAAGCAGGCGCUGUGGAGGAAGACUCAGCAGAGAUACAAGGAGAUUUCGGAAUAGUUAAUACGUAUGUUUUCUUCUUCGGGAGAAGAGACGUCGAUAGAAGUCGAAUCAUGGGCGUCGAUUCCCCUUUGCUGGGAUUUUUCUCUUCUUAUUUAUUUAAAGACUCUUCGAGGUGGACCGUGGAUCACCUCGUACUUGCAAUUAUUGUUCACUUAGAUCGUUCAACCGUGUACAUACGUAUAAAGGAAAUACUCGGCUCGGGCAUUGCAGGGCCCGGAAGUCGUUCGACUCGUUUGACGCGUUAAAAAUCGUUGUCCGAGUUUGUAAUUAUUAUUCGGACAAUUUUAUACCUGGUUCGGGUUGCUCUCGCGGUGACGCUGUAACGCAAUAAUAUGCUCAUGUUACAAAUAA